CUUGGUGGUGUCUGAGGUUGCAGGACGCGGUGGACAGCAGCCGGACAGAAAUCUACAAAGAUGGCGUCAGCCACAGCGACCUAUGGACAGAAGGAGUCCUCAGACCAGAACUUUGACUAUAUGUUCAAGAUCUUGAUCAUCGGCAACAGUAGUGUGGGUAAAACUUCCUUCUUGUUCCGUUACGCCGAUGACUCCUUCACCCCCGCCUUUGUCAGUACGGUGGGCAUCGACUUCAAGGUGAAGACCAUCUACAGGAAUGAUAAGAGGAUCAAAUUACAGAUCUGGGACACGGCGGGUCAGGAGCGUUACCGCACCAUCACGACAGCUUACUACCGAGGGGCCAUGGGCUUCAUCCUCAUGUAUGACAUCACCAACGAGGAAUCCUUCAAUGCUGUCCAGGACUGGUCCACUCAAAUUAAGACAUACUCAUGGGACAAUGCCCAGGUGCUUCUGGUUGGAAAUAAAUGUGAUAUGGACGAUGAGCGCAUGGUGAGUGGCGACAGAGGCCGGCAGCUGUCUGAACAUCUCGGUUUUGAGUUCUUCGAGGUCAGCGCCAAAGACAACAUCAACGUGAAGCAGACCUUUGAGCGUCUGGUCGACAUUAUUUGUGAAAAGAUGUCUGAGAGUCUGGAUGCUGGUGAUCCCGCCAUCACGGGAGCCAAGCAGGGGCCUCAGCUGACAGAACAGCCUGCUCCACCACACCAGGACUGUGCAUGUUAAAGAUGCCCAUCUGCUUCCUUCUUCUCCUCCACGCUCCGAGCGGUUCCAGUGUCCAUCAAACUUUUCACCAACUUUCGAGCUUCCUUCUUCUGACUGAGGGCCAUUGGCUGAUGGUCCCAAGAACCAGCUUGUAAAAGUCUCUGAAAUUAUUCUCUGAGCAGACCAGUUCUUGAGGUGCACUUGUUUGUUACACCAUAUAAUAGUUAUACAAUCUUUUUUUUUUUUUUUUUUGUAUGUUCAAUCACGCCACCAUGUUUCAGACUCUUUGUAACCUCAGGUUCUUCUGGAUUGUUUUAUUGUUUCUGUGUGUGUGUCUUUAAAAGGAUUUGAUGGCAUCCAUCCACCCUCAGAGUGCCAUUGAAAUCCUUCUGAAGUUUACAGUACUUUUGUUUGUUGGGAUCGAGUGGACAAGAACUCAACAGUGGAGUCAUGUUUGGUGUACUAAAAUCCCUCUGUUUUCAGUUCGUUAUACAGUCGGGUAUGAAUAUGUUUGUCUCACCUUUUAUCUACAUAUUGUCAUUGAAGGUAUCAAGACCCAAGCUUUUUUCUUUUUUUUUACAUUUCUGAAACUUGUUUUGUAUGGUUGUGUUGCUUUUUAGCUGCAUCACGCACUGGAUGGAUGAACAAGAUUGAGAAAAAUUAGUUAAGAUGAAAUAGCAUUUGAUUAAAUUUUAUUUAUUUCAGAUGUAGACAUGAUUAUUGUGCAGUACAUAUGAUAUAUACAGAUGUAUUUCUGGAAGUAAACUUUAUGAAGAUAUGAAGGUCUAUGAUGAUAGUAUUAUAUACUACAUACUGUAUAUCAGGUCUUUGUUUUGAUGUUUGUUUGGAUAGUUUGUGUGUGAUUGACUCCUUUCUUUGUGAUUGGUUUGGUCUCCUGCAGCUUUGCUGAGAUUUUGCGAAAUCACAAAUUCAACGCUUGAAAAGUGGGGCAAAGCAGCCCUUGAAUUACUGAGAAAUGCUACUUUCCAUCGUCCAAUCGAAACACCACUUCUAUUCAAACAAUUUGAACAAUCUAAUAUUCAGAGCCAUUGCAUUUAGCAAAUAAAAACCAAAGCUUCAAAUGAUCUUGGAAAUAUUACCAAUGUAACACAUUUACUUUAAUGGUGUUGAACACACUUAGGUUCAUUGCCUUAUAUUCACAGAACAGUAAUGUAAAGCUAUGUCAGUCAUCUUAAUCGACUUGUCUGUUUCAAUGCAGCUCGUUUCCAUCACCUGGUUAGAUGCUCACAUAUAGGUGGUUUGUAAAAUAUCCACAUGCACUGUAAUAGUUCAAACAAUUCAAGAUUUUACGAAACAAAGCUGUGUUGUAGUUUGAAAAAUAUACAGUAUUAUGGUGUUUUACCUCCACACAAGUUUGAGUCACCUUUUUCAUGACAUAUUAAAGCGUUUUCAAGUAAACCUCAGCCCCCACGUGAGAGUAGGCUCAAAGGAUUGAAGGCAAAGCAUGAUGAAAAAAAAAUAAAGACGACAUUCCAUUAUUUCUAUAUUGAGGUAGAUUUUUUCCCCCCCUUUGUCAACAUGUCAGGUCACAAUGUUUCAAUAAGAGAGCGUGUGAUGAUUUGUUUUUUUAAUGCUAAUAAGACAAACCAAGGAGACUACUUUUGUCCUUCUGGUGGUGACUGUUUCUUUUCCAAACUGUUAAAAUUACCCCCCUAGCUGUCUUCCUCUCGAUAUGAACCAGAUGUGUAUAAAUUGUACCUUUGACUCAUGUCGGUUGUGGUCUAUUGAACCAGGCUUGCAACAAAAAGAAAGAAAUAGGGGAGAAAAUACAACGCUCGUAACAACAGAAGAGCCAUGUUGUAGUAUGUCUGCAUUCAUAUGAGCAGGCCUGCUUGUGAAUGAAUGUUUCACUCAGUUCAAAGUAAUACAGUACCUACAACAAAUAAAAUUGCCAUCCAGCUCAGCAUGGAUUGCUGACCUUAUAUGAUGACAUGCAUUUGGUCUCGUCUCCCUGCCUCUUCAACCCACCCUUCAGUUUGGGCCAGUAAGAUUACAGAAUAUACUGUGGGUGUUUUUAUCUGUACUUUGUGGAAAAACAAUAAAAGCAUUA